AUGGAAAACAGAGGACUCCCUCUAAGAUCAAUCAUCUCACAUUCUCUAUGGAUAACACUAGUUGGAAUCCUUCUCUUCAGUCUCUCCACCACGAGAAGACACAACUUUGGUUACACGAAAUUCUUUUCGAUAUGCGGAACGUUACUCAUGACCAUACCUUGGAUCAUCCAACUUCUUGUCACCUCUGCUGUCAUAUUACUGCAUAAGAGUAUAGGUUACAACCUUAUGUGGGUUGUUCGGCCACAAAAAUCAUCUAAAGAGAAUCAUCAUCCCACUAAUGUCGUCACUAUCUCUUCUUCUUCUCCAUCAUCUCCUCUUCCGUCCGGCCAGGCUCUCAAGAACGGCGACGCGGGUGAGAUCGUGAUUAGGAUUGUGAUUCCAAGAAGUCCAAACUCAACUCAUUUGGAGAUUGAAGGAAGAAACAACUCCAAACUUCUUGCAAAUGGAUCACCUGUUUCUUAA